AUGGACGACGACGCGCGCCCUGCAGAGGCCACUGCGUACACUGCCAACCUAGACUUCACGUUGAAGGAGCUCCAGCGCAGGGUCCAAGAACACGAAGACGAGCUGCAACGCUUGAAGGCAAAUGACACAGCCAUUGCGCAAACGCCAGUCGGGCAGGCCGAGGUUGUAAAGGCGGCCCUCGAGGAGGUCACAAACACAGAGCCCUUCCUACCACAUGCCAGCUCGACGCUGCCGGCCCUGCUGGCUCUCAGAAGGACACACCAAACGAUCAUCGAGUCAAGAGCCUACUUGGAAUCGCAGAAAUCAGUCCUGAGCCGCGAGAAGCGGCAGCUGGAAGCUGGCCAGGCUCACCUGAGAGACCAAACACUCCUCAGCGAGGCAUUGGAUGCCCGUAUUGUCGACUUGAAGGCCGAGGUGUCGUCCAGCGCACGGGCACCACCUGGAGACGGAGCUCGCAAGAAGAAGGAAGAGCUACAGAAGAAGAAGGCCCACUACGACGCCGACAGCAAGCGACUGUUCAGAGCCUUGGACAAGUUCAUUGACGAGCAUCUGGCCGUCAUGCUUGCAGCAGAAGAACUAGGCGGACCUGUCGUGGGCGACCUCAUGGAUGUCGACGGAGCAGAUCUGGCCUCUGGCUUCAGCGCGCAGGUCAAACUGAACAAACCCAAGGAGGGCAGGGCCAGCCUCGAGAACAGGGAGGACAAGCGCCAGCGACGACUCGACGAGAUCUGGGGCCCUGCAGAGGGUGUUGCGGCGCGGAGAGACGAGGACGAGGUCGCGGCGGCGGGCCGAGAGAUGAAGGAGCUGAUCCAGGCCUUAAUGGGUCAGCUGCAGGAUGCUGGCGGGGACUCUUCCUCCUCAUACGUGGUGUUGUCGAGGGAGUCUGCCGCCGCGAGGUUCCUCGUGAGGAGCAAGGUGGCCCAAUUCCAUGCGAAAGAUGCGUCGCGACUGCGAUUGAUUGACUUUGGGAGGGAGUUUGAUUGA